AUGAAACAAGAAACUAAACCUAAUACAAGAAGACGCGUAAGACAUCCAUCCACACAGAAGAAAGAGUUUAGAUUUAAAGAUGCACCAAAAACUGUACCACCAAGGAUCGAGACCGUGGAAAUAGGUACCCAAACAAAAUCUACAAUUGCAGUAGCCCUGGAUUCCAUAUUUAAUACUAGCGAGAAUGGGUCUGAAGCAAGAAGGAGGAGUGUUUGUUUAGGUGCGAUACAAUUUCGAACUAAAAUUGGUGAUACUCUUUUGGAAAAUAGAAGAUAUUCCCUAGGCACUUUGACUCAUAGGGCCAUUAUGUUGGACGAAGAGACUAGCAUUAAUAGGAACAGAAGAGAGUAUCCAGAAAAUGAUAUCUUGCCUUACGACGAGGUUCCACAGAAACUUGGUAUCUUGGAUCUAGAAAACGAAUACACAUGGAAAUUCAAACAAUGCGCUAAUCAACUUUAUGAACUAUGCGAUGAUGAAACUCUUUGCGACGAUACAGAAGGUUCUGCUUCUGAUGGUCUUCAAGAUCAACAAUGGUGGCCGUCAAUUCCUAUUUGCUGCCAAAAUCACGACACGUCGGCGCCUUCUGAUACCACGAAAUUUUCGGAAAGGGAAUAA